AUGAACGAUUGUGGGAACUGGAACCGGAACCAGACGUGGUGGAUGGAUCUCCCAGGCUUCGCAGCCUGUUUUCAAAACACGAUUGCCAUUUGGGUCCCUUGCUUCUAUCUUUGGGCUUCUUUCCCCUUCUAUUACCUUUACCUGCGGAAAAACGGCAGGGGUUACGUCAGGAUGUCGGCUCUCUUCAAAGCCAAAAUGAUUCUGGGCUUUGCCUUGUCAGUGCUGUGCUUCUCCACCAUCUGCUAUCUCCUUUGGGAAGCUAGCCAAGGGGUUUCCCCAGCGCCCGGACUCAUCGUUAGCCCUACAGUUCAACUAGUCACCAUGAUCCUAGUGAUUUUUCUCACCCAGAUGGAACGGAUGAAAGGGGUCCAAUCCUCGGGCAUUUUGAUGGUCUUUUGGCUGCUGUCUCUCCUCUCUUCUAGUCUCUCCUUCAGCUUCAAAAUGCACCGUGCUAUGCAAGGGGGAUUCCAAGAACAGCCAUUCCACCAUCUUUCUGUGUACAUUUAUUUUGUCCUGGUUUUCUUGGAACUGGUGUUGUGCUGUUUUACAGAUCCACCGCCUUUCUUUUCCAACGUUAGCAGUGACUCGAAUCCCUGUCCUGAAUCUGGAGCCUCUUUUGUUUCCAAAGUCACUUUCUGGUGGUUUGCUCGGCUGAUCUGGAAAGGCUACUGGACACCCUUGCAGCAAGAAGACCUGUGGUCACUAGCCAGAGACAACUCUUCUGAAGAAAUCAUUGGCAAGGUGAAGGACGCUUGGGAUAAACACUCUCCAAGAACCGAACAAACGACCAAAUGUGUAAGAUUGAAAAGAAGGCAAACCCAGAGGGAAAAUGCCGAUGAGACGGUCACCUUGCUCCAACCGGAAGCUAGCAAGAGCAAAGAGCUUUUGAAAAGUUUCUGGACUGUUUUUGGAACUCAUUUUCUUCUGGCGACCCUCUGUUUGCUCACCUGCGAUGUCUUCUUGUUCUCGGUUCCAAAGAUACUGAGUCUUUUCCUAGAUUUUAUCAAUGACCAAGAAGCUCCUCUUUGGAUAGGUUAUUUCUAUGCUGCCGCAAUGUUCCUUUUGGUUUGUCUGCAGACGUUGUUUGAGCAGCGGUACAUGUAUAUAUGUUUCAUGCUGGGCAUGAGGUUUAAAACAGCCAUUACCGGCCUUGUUUAUCGGAAGAUCUUGGUCCUGUCCAAUGCAGCCAAAAAUGCGUCAUCUGUGGGCGAGAUUGUCAACCUGGUAUCUGUCGACGUGCAGAAGCUGAUGGACCUGAUUAUUUAUUUUAAUGGGACUUGGCUUGCUCCUAUCCGGAUUGUCAUCUGCUUUGUCUUCCUUUGGCAGCUCCUUGGACCAUCUGCUUUGUCUGCUGUCGUCAUAUUUUUAGUUCUCUUACCUCUGAACUUUGUCAUCAGCAAGAAGAGAAGCCAGCUCCAGGAAGCUCAGAUAAAGUAUAAGGACAGCCGUGCAAAGCUUACCAGCACCAUCCUCAGUGACGUGAAGGUCCUCAAACUGCAUGGCUGGGAGAAGAACUUCAUAAGCAAAGUGCUGGGCAUCCGAACUCAAGAACUUCAAGCUCUCAAGACGUCUCAGUUCCUCUUCUCAGCUUCUCUUGCCUCUUUCCAGUCAUCCACUUUUCUGAUUUCGUUCAUCGUCUUUGCGGUCUACACGUUGUCGGAUAAGACAAAUGUCUUGGAUGCUAAGAAAGCUUUUGUUUCUCUUAGCUUGGUCAACAUUCUCAAUACGGCUCAUUCCUUUCUUCCAUUUUCCAUUAACGCUGUUGUGCAGGCAAAAGUUUCCAUCCGUCGCUUAGCUACCUUUCUUUCUCUUGAAGAAUUGGAUCCAACACAGGUGGACGUUGAGUCUUCGGACUGCGAUCCAAACUGCAUUAUGGUCACGAAUGGAACUUUCAGCUGGUGCAGAGAAGGCAGUCCGUGCCUGAAUAGGAUAAAUCUUACGGUACCUCGGGGCAGUCUGUGUGCCGUGGUGGGUCAAGUGGGGGCUGGCAAAUCCUCCCUGCUCUCAGCGUUACUGGGUGAACUGCAAAGAAUGGAAGGUUCCGUAGUAAUCAAGGGCACCAUAGCGUUGGCUCCCCAGAUAUCCUGGAUACAAAAUGCUUCUGUAGAAGACAAUAUCGUAUUUGGGAAAAAAAUGGAGAGGACGUGGUACAAUGAGGUGGUCAAAGCUUGCGCCCUGCAGCCCGACAUAGACAGUUUUCCAGCUGGAAGCCAGACAGAAAUUGGAGAGAAGGGCAUCAAUCUUUCUGGAGGGCAAAAGCAGAGGCUCAGCCUGGCUCGUGCAGUUUAUACGAAGGCCUCAGUUUACCUCCUGGACGAUCCCCUCUCUGCUGUGGAUGCUCCAGUUGGCCAGCACAUUUUCAACCAAGUUCUUGGACCAAAUGGCUUGUUGAAGGAAAAGACUCGCAUCCUGGUGACCAACUCCAUCCACGUUCUUCCCAAAGUGGACAACAUCAUUGUGAUGGUGAAUGGAGAACUGUGUGAGAUGGGCUCUUGGCAAGGACUGAUACAAAAGCAAGGGGCAUUUUCAGACUUCUUGAGGUCCCAGAACCCUGAAGAAAAAGACCACGAGGAUUUGCAAAUGACUGCUGGUCAUCUCAAAGAUAUGGGAAACAUUAAGAGGAUCUCCACAACUCCUGUGACACAGGAUGAAACCCCUGGAAAGACAAGUCAGCCUUUGGUCAAGAGAGACAGUUAUAAGCCGACGGAUGAGCAAGGAAAAAGACUAAUGACAGAAGACAAGAAGCAAAAGACUGGACGGGUAAAGAUUUCAGUAUACCUGAAGUACCUAAGAACUGCAGGCUCCCUCUUCUGGGUUUAUAUUGUACUCCUGUUUGCCUGCCAGCAAGUUUUCUCAUUCUGCCGUGGCUAUUGGCUCAGCCUGUGGGCCAAUGACCCCAUUUCCAAUGGGACACAGCCUCAUACCCAGCUCCGUGUGGGCGUCUUUUUUCUCCUAGGAUUCACGCAAGCCCUUGGGAAAUUUGGAUCUGUUGCUGCUGUGUUUUUGGCCGGGAUCGUGGCUUCCCGUAAGCUCUUCCAGCAGCUCCUGUGGGAUGUUCUCCGGUCUCCAAUGAUCUUCUUUGAGCAGACUCCCAGCGGUAACCUACUCAACCGUUUCUCCAAAGAAAUGGACGCAAUUGAUUCCAUCAUCCCGGACAAGCUGAAGUCUCUGUUGGGCUUCCUAUUUAACCUUCUGGAGAUCUAUGUUGUGAUUGUGGUGGCCACCCCGAUGGUUUUGUGGCUAUUUUGCCUCUGUCAGCCUUAUAUGUUGCUGUUCAGAUGGCUUGCCACCAACAUUGAGAUUCUGGGGGACACCAUUGUCCUCUUUGCAGCUUUGCUCGCUGUGGUGUACAAAGCCCAUCUCAGUCCUGGCACGGUGGGCUUUUCCAUCUCCUGUGCUCUUCAGAUCACUGGCGUCCUGAACUGGAUGGUGCGUGCCUCGGCGGAGAUUGAUAACCAAAUCAUGUCUGUGGAAAGAGUGAAAGAUUAUUCACAGAGCCCCAAAGAGAAAGUGGCUCCGUGGACUUUGGAUGAUCCUCUCCAGGGUGGCAGGUGGCCCACUGAAGGGGCAAUUGAACUCAGAGGCUAUAGUUUACGAUACAGGCCAGAAUUAAGCCUAGCUCUGAAGAAUAUCAACCUAAAGAUCAAACCUCAUGAAAAGGUGGGCAUCGUUGGAAGAACAGGGGCUGGGAAAUCAUCCCUUGCGAUGGGGCUUCUGAGGCUCGUGGAAGCUGCUGAUGGGGAGAUUGUGAUUGACGGAAUCAAUAUUGCCCAAAUGGGCCUGCACAACCUGAGAAGCAAGAUUACGAUUGUCCCACAGGACCCAGUCUUGUUUGGGGGUUCUUUGAGAGAGAACCUCGAUCCCUUGGACCAAUACUCGGAUGGGGAUAUCUGGACCGCUUUGGAGCAGACCCAACUCAAGAGCUUUGUUUCAGAUUUGCCAGAUCAGCUGGCUUAUGAGUGCUCUGAAGGAGGUGGAGAUCUAAGUGUUGGUCAACAGCAGCUCAUCUGCCUGGCCCGGGGUCUACUUCGUAAAGCCAAAAUCCUGAUUCUGGAUGAGGCCACCGCAGCUGUGGACCUUGAAACAGACCUGCAGAUUCAGUCCACCAUAAGGAGUCAGUUCAAGGACUGCACAGUUUUGACCAUUGCCCAUCGGCUAAACGCCAUGAUGGAAUUUGACCGAAUUUUAGUGAUGAAAAACGGACAAGUGGCUGAAUUCGACACCCCAGAAGCAUUGAGAGAUCAGAAGGGACUAUUCUACAAAAUGGCGGCGGACUCAGGGCUGUGUGCAGGUUUUAGCACUGUUUCCGUGGGAUCCAGAUUUAGCUAUAGCUACUCAACAUCUACCACUACGUUCCUUCAAGGAAGGGCCUACCAGAGAAGUGGCAUCACCCUGGAAAGUACAGUUGUGGUCAAGGUGUUGGCAAAUUGUCAUCGAAUUUUAAAAUUGCAAGGAGUACAAAUCAAAACCAUCUUUGAAUCCGAUGUGAAGUUGAUGAAUGAAAAUGACAAUUUAAGGGAAAUAUUGGAGCGAUACCCACUGUGGUUUUGUUUUCAUAAUGGGAAAGUUCUGAAGAUCUUUCCUCAGAAAAAUGAAUCAAUGUGGGCCCUAAACAUCAAACGGGGUAUCCUCAGUGCUCUCCAGACAUCACCAUUGGGAGCUGCUGUCAACAACAGUGUGGAUGAGGUGGAUAUUUCAGGGAAAUGUCCCACUCAGUACCAACAGAAAGGUAUCGUCCUUCUGAAGACCAAAGAUUUCAACUUGUGUUCUCAUCAUUUUUCUGCAUUUACUUUCCUGAGAUCUGUGGCUCUUCCCAACGCAUUGAUCCGCAUCACUGAUACACUCGAUCACACAGGUCUGCUUCACUCCCAGGAGCAGCUUCUGUCUUCCAAAUCUGAAUGUGUCCAGAGAUUUGAGGAAAAGGGAACACUUGCAGAAAUCAAAUUAACCACUAGUGACCUCUAUGAAAGCAGCCUGCUCUAUGAAAAAGAGAAAAGGGCACCAUUGUCCAAAGAGGAGGAAAUGAAAGACAUAGUUGAUGUUCUUCAGAAGCUCUGCAUGAAACCUGCCAUGGAUACUGAGGUAGCUUAUUGGAGGCAGACUCUCUUGGAGGCACUUCCCUUUUGUGCGACUGAGCCCUGCGUCAUCCUGAUGAAAAAGCUGAUUGUUUUGCAAGAAAUAGAAGAGGACCACCUUGAGCGUUUCCUGAGGUCCCUUGCCUUCAUCCCAGAGCCCACUGCAGGCAUGAUCGAUGCUUUAGCUAUGGAACUGAUCUUAAAUGCAAUUGGAAAUGCAGGGCUGGCGGCAACAUCUUUGACGACCCUCCUGAGUUCCUGCACGGUGCUGAAAACCAACCCUGCUGAAAUCCGGCUGGCAGCCAUUGAAGCUUUCCGGCGCAUCCCCUGUGCAGCCAACCGUGCUGCAUUGGUCCAUCUGUUUCAAACCUACGAAGAGAAAGUUGAGAUAAGAAUUGCUUCUUAUCUUAUGGCCAUGAAAUGUCCUAGCAAAUAUUUAUUUAACAUCAUUAAAUGGACUUUGAAGCAGGAAAGAUCCAGCCAAGCAUUGGCCAGUGGAAAUGCUGAGGCCCAGGUCAUCUUCUCACCUACUUCUUUUAUCCCACAUUUGAUCCUGACUAAUUUCACAAUCCAUCUGCUGGGACAGGCUAUCAAUCUUUUAGAGGCAAGUAACCUGAAAUACACUAAGAACCAAUUCCUACGUAGAAUGCUGCGGUUCACCCAAAAAAUGGGGAAAAAGAAGAAGCCGAAAUGCAGAGUUAGUCUCAAAAUCUUUGGAAAUGAGCUGAUGAUUCUUGACUGCGGCGAUCUCAGAGGCCAAGCAAAACAUUACUCUUUGAACCUGGCAGAGCUAACCAUGAAGGUUUUGAAG